AUGCCUCUGGAAAUCACAUCAAAGGACAUGCCACAUCUGGCAGCUAUUGGGACCAAGCCAUCUCCCCAGAAAGCCCCUCAGAGAUCUGAAUACUCGAGCAAGGAGACUUGGCUCAACGACUUCAACCGCUACGCGGAAAACAGUCACGACCUUGUUGACACUCUCCACCCCCAAGCUCUCAAGGAAGUCACUGAAGCCAUUAGUCCGACUGACCUCUCUUAUCGCCUCUUUAUGCUCGCCAGCAUCUAUACUCACAUCGACUCCAAUGAAGCGGCUGCUGAAGGUCUUCAUGAUAUGAUUGAAGUCCUCGAGUCCGAGAUGGAAUACCUUGAUGAACACAUUGGUAAGAUGCUUGCUGAUCUUGCUCUUUCGUCACCCAUGCUCGUUGACGAGUAUGUGGCGCUCGAAAAGCAUGCUCGUAACACAACCCAUAGUAAGACGAACGUGUCUGCCAUUAUGACCUGGAAGCACAAUUGGCCAAGAGGCUUUGCUCUCCUCCUACGCGUCCACGCCGUUCACGCCCGCCGAAUUGACGAUCUCAAAUCCAAACACGACCUCAUAACUGCUGGACGGCUCGAUUACAAACAAUUCUCCAAGAAGUGGCAUAUUCUUCUCUGGGACGAAGGUCUCUGGCCACACGGCUAUGGUUACGAGCGAACAGCGUCCACCGAUUUUGCUGAGUACCACCGGCCUUCAUUGACUAAGAUUUCUCCCAGUGCGGCGAUCGCUUAUGUCAGGUCGUCAGCGAUCAUUCGCUCUGAGCGCCGUCGUUCGGCUCUUGAUCGUCUCGCAAAAGGUAGGGGAGGCGAAAGUGACUUCCUAGACCCUGACUUUGUCGAUUAUUGGUUUCAUGGUUUUAGCUCUUGGUUGGACAUUACUCUGCCUCUGCUAUACCAGAAAGACCCCGCAUAUGCCACAAUGUGGAUCGAUCUAGCCAGGAAACUCAAUGCGAUGCACCGUGAAUGGAUUGCUGAGGCUGAUUAUAAUGAACGUGGUAGUGUGUUGAUCACCAAGAAUGCCCGUUUCACUUUGCGGCAGAACAGGCGAGUACAUCGCGAGUUCGGCGUCUUCUCUCCCCCUUCGAAACACACCCCGCUCUGUAUCCGCUCGAAUUAA